GCGACGUUACACCUUGCAGAAAGUGGUGUCUCACAACAGUUACUGACGUCAUGUUUUCGACUGAUGAGCAAAUUGAGCAAUUCCGAAUACGCGCAGUCAAAUCAUUAGAGCUUACAGGAUUGCUACAAUGCGAUGAAAUUGACCUUAUAUGCAGAAUAUGUACAUCCCUUAACGAGUCAAACGUUAAGUUGAUAGAACGAGUAGUACACCGAAAGGGUGUAAAAUUUUGCGAACAAGUGUUGGAUGAUACACUGGUGGCAUUAGCAGGAGGAGGUCAAAGACGAUCCGACGGUGAACGCCGUUCUCCAGGGGGAGUCUUCUUAAACAUCUUGAAAUCCAGAUGCACAAAGCCAGAGAUUAAAUUCAUAUGGAGUGAACAAACGAAGAGACAACGUGCCAGGAAAAGAACACGUAAAAUCGAACAUAAAACUGACACAAGUAAAGACAAAGACGAACAAACGACAUGA